CCAGGUAGCCUAUCAUGUCGCCCACAGCGAAAGAGAUCUACACAUAUGACUUCUGCGAUGGCGAGCACCCGGCAGAGCUCCUGGAUGCGCUCCGGCAUUUCUACGCGGCCGGCGUGUUUACCGACGUCACCCUGCAGUGUGGCGACUCCGGACAGGCGUUUCACUGCCACAAAGCCCUGCUGGCAGCCCGCAGCUCCUAUUUCAAAGUCAUGUUCACGGCUGACAUGAGGGAGCGAUCCAACAGGGUGAUCAAGCUGAGCGGGGUGGACUGCGGGGUCCUGCGGGCUCUGCUGGAUUACGUGUACAGCGCUCAGGUGCGCAUCACCGAGAGCAACGUGCAGAGCCUGCUGGAGGCUGCAGACCUGCUGCAGUUCCUCACCGUCAAGCAGGCGUGCGAGGGCUUUCUCAUCCGGCUCCUGGACGUGGACAACUGCCUGGGCAUGCAUGCAUUCGCAGAGCUGCAUCUGUGUCGGAGGCUGGAGAGGGAAGCCCGCAGGGUGAUGCUGAGCAGGUUUACAGAGCUCACUGAGCAGGAGGAGUUUCUGGAGGUGGACUACGAGAAGCUGAGGUCAGUGCUGACCGCUCAGAGCCUCACCGUGCAAAGAGAUGAAAUACUGAUAGAUGCUGUUGUCAGGUGGGUGACCCAUGACCCCGAUGAUCGUCUCCAUCUCAUUUUAGACUUACUGCACUCUAUCCAACUGGACCUGGAUGAGAUUUACUUUAGAUCUUCAUUAGAAGUGCACAGACCUGAUAAAUACCUGAUAAAAAAAGAUGGGAAACUGAAAUCUAUAGUCAUGCAAGCUUUAAGGACCAAUGGCAAAGAGAUAUCCGCGAGUAGAAAAGUAUCUUCCAGCAUGUAUAUCAUCGGAGGCUACUACUGGCACCCUCUUUGUGAGGUUCACAUUUGGGAUCCUAUAAGCAACGCGUGGGCACAAGGAAAAGAGAUGCCGGACCCUGGAAGAGAGAGCUACAGCAUCAGUCUACUUGGAGCAAACAUUUAUGUCACCGGUGGCUACAGGACAAAUACUGUUGAGGCCCUGGACACGGUUUCCAUCUAUGACUGUGACUAUAAUGAGUGGACUGAGGGCUGCCCCAUGAUCACCGCCAGGUACUACCACUGCUCAGUCGCUCUGCGUGGAUGCAUUUAUGCCGUAGGAGGUUACAGAGGAGGAGCUCCUGAGCCAGAGACUGAAUUUUAUGACCCUUUGAAGAAGAGGUGGUUUCCAGUGGCCAAAAUGAUCCAAGGUGUUGGAAAUGCCACAGCCUGUGUUAUGGGAGACAAGAUCUAUGUGACUGGAGGUCACUAUGGAUACAGAGGAAGCUGUACUUAUGAGAAAAUCCAGGUGUACAGUCCAGAUGUCAAUGAGUGGGGUAUCAUUGCUAUAAGCCCCAAUCCAGAGUACGGUCUCUGUUCUGUGUCUCUGAACAACAAGCUGUAUUUGGUGGGUGGACAGACGACGGUCGCAGACUGCUACGACAUGGAGAAAGACGAAUGGAGAUCCAUUUCAGUGAUGAAGGAGAGGAGGAUGGAGUGUGGGGCUGUGGUAAUAAAUGGUUGUAUCUACGUGAGUGGGGGAUACUCCUACUCAAAAGGAACUUAUCUGCAAAGCAUUGAGAAAUAUGACCCCGAGCUGGACUCAUGGGAGAUAGUGGGGACUCUUCCCAGCCCGACCAGAUCACACGGAUGCGUUUGUGUUCAAGUUGUCCAGUGACAAAACCUUUGUCACAAACAUUUUGUUUGCUAUACUUUUAUGCCAUAUGAAUCAAAUGGUGGAUUCACAACAGUGUGCACAGUUUUGUACCUUACACAGCACAAUAUGCGAAGCUGAACUUGUUACAUUUCUUUUAGGGGGCUAUUUGCCAAAAUGUCAAACAAGCAUUUUGCUUAAACCUCAGGGGUUGAUGAGUAUUGUAUUUGAUUGUUUUUAAACAGGCUGAAAGAAAAGGUUGGAGUGAGUGAUAAGAACGUUUGAGUAUUAUGGAUGGAUGGGUUACACUUUAAAUAAAAAAGCUGUACUGCUGUCAUGUGACUUGAUUAAAUGAAUACCACUUACAUUUCAUCAUACCAUACUUGAAUUUAUGCUUUUGUAAACUCUCAGUCAUCCAUCUCACGGUAACUCUCUAGGUGUUUCACCUUAGAAUACGUUUUGGAUGGAGUUUGACAUGUCUUAAAAAACAUAGAAGAAUAAUAGUCAAAAAAUACCUAAAACCAGUCAAAGAUUCAAUUUUGUACCUUACACAGCACAAUAUGCGAAGCAGAACUUGUUACAUUUCCUUUAGGGGGCUAUUUGCCAAAAUGUCAAACAUGCAUUUUGCUUAAAACUCAGGGGGUUCUUGGGCUGCACGGUGGCGCAGUGCAUAUACUGAGGUUACAGUCCUCCUGCAGUUGUUGCAGGUUCAAAUCCCGGCCUGCACACCUUUGCUGCAUGCCAUCCCCAUUCUCUCUCUCUACCCCUUUCCUGUCUGCAACUUGAAUAAAAGGGUCACUAGAGCCCAAAAAAAUCUUUAACAAAACUCAGGGGGUUCUUGAUGAGUAUUGUAUUGUAUUUGAUUAUUUUUAAACAGGCUGAAAAAAAAGGUUGGAGCGAGUGACAAGAAUGUUUGAGUAUUAUGGAUGGAUGGGUUACAGUUUAAAUAAAAAAGCUAUACUGCUGUCGUGUGACUUGAUUAAAUGAAUCCCACUUUCAUUUCACAUACCAUACUUAAAUUUAUGCUGGUUUAAACUCCCACUCAUCCAUGUCAUGGUAACUCCCUAGGUAUUUCACCUUAGAAUACGUUUUGGA